AUGAGAAGUAAUUUAAUUGUUUGCAUCAUUCUAGCUUUAGCUUUUAUUUGUACUUGUUGUGCUCAAAAUUAAAACAAAUUAGUCUUACUUUAAGAUCCUUAAAAGGCUAAAUGCCUAGAUGGCUCUGCACCUGGCUACUAUUUUUCAUAAGGUUAUGGUGAAGGAUAAAACAAAUUUCUUUUAUAUAUGGAGGGUGGAUUUUACUGCAAUGGGUAGACUGAAUAGGAAAUUCUUGAAAACUGCUACAAUCGUGCCUUUACUGAUCUCGGAUCAAGCAGCAAAUGGGGUCAAACAUAUUCUGAUAAUGGUAUAUUUAGUCCUUUACAAAAAAAUAAUCCUCUUUUCUACAAUUGGAAUAGAGUUUUCAUUAAAUAUUGUGAUGGAACAUACUAUUAAAGUAGUAGAGAUCCUGUGGUUUACAAAAACAUGACAUUAAACUUUAGAGGCAGCGACAACUUUAAGGAAAUCAUUGAUGAUAUUUCUCAAAAGUAUGGAAUGAAGAACUCUUCAAUUGUAGUUUUAGCUGGAGGUAGCGCUGGUGGAUAGGGUUCAUACUUUUGGUCUUAAUAUUUAAGAAAUUAUCUUCCAUCUACAACUAAAAUGGUUGCAUCCCCAGAUUGCGGAUUUAAUGUUUAGUUGAACCCAGUUUUGCAAGAUAAGAAUCCAGUCUGGGUAGACUUUAUUACUGACAGAAAAAGAGAAAUUAUUCAACCAUAAGGAUGCCCUUAUCUACAUGAUGACUAAAACCUUUACAAAUGUUUCUUAACAGAAUACAUUAUUAAUUAAAUUAAUCUUCCUGUAUUCUUUAUAAGCUCUUUAUAUGAUUAAUUCUUUAUCAACACUUAUCUUCAAAUUAAUUGUAUUAAUUCAAAGAAUGCUCUAGUUGGCUGCACUGAUUAAGAAUUAGCAAAAAUCGAAAACAUGAGACAAAAAUUGUAUGAUACUAUCUCUUAAAUCAGGUCUGUUAAAAAAGAUUGGGGUAUGUGGGCUGUUUCUUGUGUUCUUCAUGUCUUUUCUUAAAGGCUUUCCUACAAUAACUAAGUUUAUUAAGUACCUGAAGAUAGCUAAAUCACACCUUCUUUGGCUUUAAAAUCCUUUAUUGAAGCAGUAGAAUAAGAUGAACCUCUUGAUAACUUUUAUUUCAUUGAUGAACUUGCUUAUCCAAACAAUAUAAGAUGCAAUGGAUUGCAAAGUUUAAAUUAAUAAUGA